AUGCCUCGGUGUGGACGUGAGUACCGGCGUCAGGACGGCUUCCUGGCUAAGCGAGGGGUCGGAGCCCCAGGGCUGCGCUGUCGAGGGGAGUGGUGGGGUAGCACGAAUCGAGCGAGCAACUGGAACGGAGCACCUCUGGGCCGUCAUUGCUGUGAAAAAUUGCUUGUAGUUUGUGGCAAUGGCAUACUGUGUUUUGCAGAGCUAUGGAUCUCGCUGGAGGAGCAUCAAGAUGCGUUAGAGCUUAUCAUGAGCAAAUACAGAAAGCAGAUGUUACAGCUUUUGCAAGGGAGAAAAGGUGAAGAUGCAGAACCGGUCCUGAAAGUUCAUCAGGAUAAUUCCUUGGAAAUUGAAAGUCAAAUAGACAGAAUAUGUGAGAUGGGAGAGGUGAUGAGAAAAGCUAUUCAAGUCGAUGAUGAUCAGUUCUUUAAAGUUCAGGAGAAACUAGCUCAGUUGGAGCUUGAAAACAAAGAGCUGCGUGAACUAUUGUCAAUCAGCAAAGAAUCUUUUGAGGUGGGGAAAGAAGAUCUGCCUGACUGUGAAGCUUAG